AAGAAGUACAGACCAAAAGCUGGUCAAGAGUCUUUGAGUACCUUGUGGCCAUCUGAAAAGCCGCGAUAGUUGUAGGAUGACAGCAGUGAUCAACAUGGCGGGAACGUUACGGUCCGAGCAUAUGCAGGUCAAUAUAAUCGCGAAUCCUUCAAGAAUCCUUCUAUUUUCUUGAAGAAAGUGUUGUCUUUCUUUGUCUUCCUCCCAUUGUCACAGAAAAUCGGAGACUACCUCUUGUAUUGAACCAGACAUGCAGGGCACUUACGAUCUGGUGGUCAUUGGAGCAGGUUGGUAUGGCCUUGCUGUCGCUGCCACGUAUCUUCAAGUCAACCCUGAUGCCACAAUCCUUGUUCUCGAGGCACAGUCGACUGUGGGUGGAGUAUGGAGUGAAGAACGCCAAUAUCCGGAUUUGAAGUCCAAUAACAUGCUCGGUACAUACGAAUAUCCGGACUUCCCGAUGGACACAAAGACCUACGGAGUCAAGCCUGGCGAACACAUUCCUGGACAUGUGAUCCAUCGCUAUCUCAGCGACUAUGCGAAAAAGACUGGAGUUUACGCGCGCAUCCAAUUCGAGACCAAAGUGCUCGAAGCCUCUAGGAAUUCGAAUGGAGAAGGAUGGACUUUGACCACCGACUCAUCCAACCUGGCCACGCUAUCCACGAGAAAGCUUGUCGUAGCCACCGGUCUAACCUCCGAACCUUUCAUCCCUUCCUUCACCGGCGCAGAACUCUUCACAAAAUCCAACGGCCUGCUAAUCCACUCUCGCGAUUUCAACAAACACACUUCCCAUCUCUUCAACAAGUCCACCUCCGUGACCGUCCUCGGUGGCUCAAAAUCAGCCUGGGAUGUCGCAUACGCCUGCGCCACCCGUGACGUACCUGUAAACCUCGUCAUUCGCUCCUCAGGCCAAGGACCAACUUGGAUGGCACCACCCCACGUAACACCCUUCAAAGCAUGGUUGGAAAAACUAGUCCAUCGACGCUUUUUGACCUGGCUUUCCCCCUGCAUCUGGGGCGAUGAAGAUGGUUUUUCUACGAUCAGAAAGCAUUUGCAUACGUCGUGGUUGGGCAGGAAGACGGUGGAUGCGUUUUGGUGGGUUCUUUCUUCCGAUGCUAAUGCAUUGAUGGGGUGGGAUAGGCAUCCAGAGACGAUGAAAUUGAAACCUAGACAUUCGGCUUUUUGGACGGGGAGUGGAUUGGGGAUCUUGAAUUUCGAAGGUGAUUUCUUGGGGUUGGUGAGGGAGGGGAAAGUCAAGGUGUUUUUGGCUGAUGUUGAAGGGUUAGGAGAGGGUGUUGUGAGGCUCAGUGAUGGAACGGAGCUGGUUACUGAUGCUGUUGUUUGCGCGACUGGGUGGAAAGCACGUCCGCCGAUCAAGUUUUCUCCUGAAGGUAUGGAUGCGGAGCUCGGGCUGCCUAGUAACGCGACGCAGAUGUUCUCGCAAAAAGACAUCGCGGCAGCUGACGCAGAGGUCUUGUCUCGCUUCCCGAAGCUGCGAGAGCAGCCCAAGACGCCUAUUCCCGGUGGCGACACUUCCGCCGACGACACGACUCAGCCCUUCACUCUACACCGCUUCAUGGCACCACCCAAGCACAUGCUAGAGGGCAACGACAUCGCUUUCGCAGGCAUGAUAACUACAAUUUCCACGCCCCUCUGCGCUUACCUUCAAGCACUAUGGAUAACCGCGUACCUCUCCAACAGUCUUUCGCGUCUGCCUUCCUCAACCCUUGAAGCCGGGAAGACCGCCCUGCUACACUCAAGGUUCGGAAGAUGGAGGUAUGCUUGUGGGUAUGGAGCCAGGUUUCCGGACUUUGUGUUUGAUGCUGUGCCCUACCUGGACAUGUUGAUGAGAGAUUUGGGGAUCAAAGAAAAGAGGAAAGGAGGAUGGAUGAGUGAGAUCUUUGAGGCGUAUAGACCGGAGGACUACAAGGAUGUCGUUGGUGAGUGGAGCGAGAUGCAAAAGAAGCAGCAAUAGUGUUGGAUUAUGCAUGAGCCGGCAUCGAACUCAAUGGACAACUAUGUGGAUUCGUAGCUGUGCAGAUCUACUGAGUCCAUGAAUAGGUUUACUUGCGUGC